AUGUUUCAUACCAUAAACAGGAAAAGUAAGCGUCGGGAAAUCAACACCAUAGGUUAUGAUUCUUUAUAUUCGUCCGUACAAUUAGGUGAAUUUAGUGGUGAUGUUUUUGUGAAAAACGAGUUCCCAUUCGAAACUUUAGGUAAGUUUGUUGAGUUUUUGGGUCAUUGUGAUGGUCUUGUUUACUUUUGGAGUGAUCAUAGGAGAUUAUUUUUCCUUUGGAACCCGGCCACCAAAGAGUACAAAAUAAUACCCAAUCCACGUGAAAAUAAGUACGAUAUCCUAGUUUGCGGUCUUGGUUAUGAUUGCAAGAUUGGUGAGUACAAGUUGAUAAUUGUUUGGAGAUUACGUGAAACCAAUAAGGACAGAUGUUUAUUCGAGGUCUACACUCUAGGAACGAAUUUGAAUUUAUGCAAAAGUAGUCACGCUGAGAUUGAUAUAGUUCUGGGUGGUAGAGCAAGUGGGGUGCUAGCUAGUGGAGCGUUGCACUGGCCGGCCAUAAAGCGUAGCAGGUCCAAGUUCAUCUUCUCUUUGGAUAUCCGUGACGAUAAAUGGAAAGAAUUAGAACCACCUAAAGAAGUUCCAGAGAACAAGAGUUUGUGGAUGAAGCUGGGGGUCUUAGAAGGGUUGCUUUGUGUUCUUGAUGGAGAUCAUCAGGGUCAACUUGGAGUUUGGGUGAUGCAGGAUUAUGGAAUUCAAGAAUUAUGGACUAAACCUUAUACCAUUACACAUGAGAAAGUAAUGAAAUACAAAUAUUAUGCGACUUCGAAGCUUAUUUGGUCCUUCAAGAACGGGGAGAUUCUAUUCAUGAGUAUUGGUGGUGAUAAAUUAGUUUUGUAUGACCCAAAAUAUAAAAGUGCUAGAGAAAUAAGCAUGGCUCAUACUGACCUCACGAGUGUGGUGAAUUAUUCUGAAAGCUUAGUUUCAGUUAAUUCUGGUACUUAUGUGGGUGGAAAUCAAGAAAACCAGAAAGAUGAUUCAGUUUAA